GUCAAGUUAAAAAUUUAAAAAAAAACCAAUUUAUAAUGAGUGUGACAACGCCAAUAUUGGCGAUAUUCUUGGCAAUCUGCAUAACUCUUGGACAUGGAAAAACACCAAACAAAAUAUCUGGUGGUGAACUUUGUCCACCUUACAGUAAUAAUUUUGUCGUAUCAUUGAGGGUUGAAGGAAAACAUAUUUGUGGAGGAUCAUUGAUUGACACACAUCAUGUUUUAACAGCAGCAUCAUGUUUGGUACUUGAAAAAAAUAUUAUACAAAAUAAUGUUAAAGUAUUAGUUGGUACACAUGAAUUAAAUAAUCCAUCAAUGGGUCAAGUUUAUGGUGUUGAUAUUAUUGUUGUACAUCAAGGAUAUGAUUGUACAAAUUUAUGGGCUGAUGAUAUUGCUAUUCUUAAAUUAACACCACCAGAUCUUAAAAAACCAAAUGAAAAUAUGCCAAAUGCUGAAUGGGUUGCUCAUUUGCCAUGGAAUGGAGAUAUUCAACCUGAAAGUGUUGGAAUUAUUUCUGGUUGGGGAGUCACUGAUCCAGCAACACAAGUACUUGAAACAUAUCUUAGACGAGCUGAGGUAUCAGUCAUUACCAAUGAAGAAUGCAACAGAGCAUAUGGUGCAAUUGGUCUUGGACAAUUUUGUGCUGUUAAUAGACUUACUGGUCAUACUAUUUUAGCUGGUGAUAGCGGUGGUCCUUUAGUUGCAAAAGAUUGUGACGUUCUUCUUUAUGGAAUACAGUCAUGGGGAUCAAACACAUCACCAGGAGUUUUCACCAAGGUUCAUCAUUAUUUGCAGUGGAUUUCUGAUACUCUUGCUCGAUACUAAUUGCUUUUUCAAAAAAUUAAUGGAAAUUUAUUUGGAAUUUUUUCAAUUGGGCAUAUUAUCUUGAU